GAACACCUUUUAUUUAUCCAAAUUUUGUUCCAAUCUAUAACCUCUUUUUAUUUGUUGAAGCUCUGAAGGUACAAAAAGAACUGCUCUGGGCUCUCUCAAUCUCUCAUUUCGUUUGGAAUUCGUUGAGUUUUAAGGUUUUUGAGUAAUGGAAGAGCAGUUUAUACUCAGAGUUCCGCCUUCUAUUGCAGAGCGAUUAGACCGCCUUUUGAGUGAGAAUGAAAAUGCUUCAUCUUCUGAAGACAAGUCAUUGGAUUUGUCAUUUUCUGAGGAUGGGAGGAGUGGCACAUUUGUCAUUGGCAAUGAUCGUUUUCCAGCAUCUCUCUUGGAGCUUCCUUGUGUUGUGGAAUCAUAUAAAACAUACGAUGACAGUGUGUUGAUCAAGACUGCAGAUGUUGGUCAGAUGAUUAUGGUUAGAGAAGCAGAUGAUGCUGCUCCAGAUGUGGUGGAGUACAGACAUGGUCUCACCCCUCCUAUGAGGGAUGCUCGAAAGCGGAGAUUUCGCAGGGAACCAGAUCUAAAUCCUGAGCUUGUGCAGCGUGUUGUGAAAGAUAUGCUGAAGAUCAAUGCUGGUGCAACAGCUGAGAAUGUUGAUGCUGAAAUUGCUGAGCAAGAGGAAGAUGGAGAUGGAAGUGUUCGUAAUGCAAGCAAAAAACCUGUGCCUGCACCUGUGACAAAGGCUGAUGCUCCAGAGACUGGAACAAAUGUUGGGGAGCCUGACAGAAGUGACUCCGACGAAUCAGAUGACUCAAUUUGACUCUAAGCCGGUUUUAGAAUUUAAAAUAUGUUUAUAGGAGUAACAAGAGUUUGUAUCUUGCAAUUUGUCUGUUUGGUUUGAAUAUUUUGUUGAAAAUAUCUGAAGUAAUAUGGUGGUAAAUUAAGAGCA